AUGUUCCUCUUAGCAUCAGGUUUUGCCAUAGCAAAACGGAUGGAAAGAACACUUUUGUAUUACGACGUCGACAAACUGGCAUUUAAGAGACUGAAGCCGAUUGUAUCUGCAUUCCCUCGCACGGUAGAGAAAUUUGUUGUAAGAUACUUCAACCAUUCCGCUAAAUAUCUCGUUCUUGAAACUAAUUGUGGACAAAAUGCACGCUUCUUUGAAGAUAUUUUGCCGGAAAUUCGUGAGAUGUACCAGUUCUCAGAUGAAGUGCGAGAACAAUUCGCACAUUUAGCAGAAUGUGAGAAACGGAACAUUACCUGCAUUCAUACACGGCAAACGGACUUCAUACGACUUAAUCGGACAACAGAUUUAGAAGAGACGGUGAUGGCCGCCUACAACAUUUCCGAGCAACACAGCUCUCAACAGUAUCUUAUCUUCGGAGACGACAGAACGUUUAUGGCGAAGCUGGCUACCAGGCUCAAACAGGUAGAUUCUUCAAGAAAGAAGACAUAUAUAUCUAGUCAUCGUGAAAUCGAAGACAUGUACCUCUCGUCACAGCUAUGCACCUCAUUUCUUAUCUCAUCCGCAAUGUCAACGUUUGGUUGGUGGCUAGCAUUUUUUGCGCCAAAUCAACAUUCUGUGUACUAUAUGAAUGAUAAACGACCCAAUUACUCAAUGGAGGGGAUCCCUCGUGAAGAGAUGUUUCUGAGCUCUUGGAGGAAAUAUUCGUAG